AUGACAACUCGUGCCGACGUAUUGGGACCCGUUGACAUCACCGAACUCAAACUUCAAGAUGAGAACUUGACGUGGGAGAUUGAUGUCCACGCCGAAGCCUCAUUUUCAAGUCGAGCGGAAGCUCAAAAUGCAGCAAAUGCUUCAGCAAAAUCGGUUGGGUACGGCCUCGUCGUUAAACGCUCGUGCCAAGACGCUAACAAAAAUACUAGGAGAGUAAUCUUUGCCUGUGAUCGUCACGAACAACGUCGAACUCACAACAUAUCUCGCGCUGGUAGUCGUCGCCGACCCAAUGCUGCAAGUCGACGUUGCGGAUGCAAGAUGAAGAUUGAUAUAGUCAGAAGAACCGACGACGAGGGUGUCGCAACGUGGCAUAUUAUUCACGGCCCCAUCUCCACUACACAUAACCACCCUCCUUCUAAGGAAGUUUCCUCUCAUCCAGUUCAUUGUCGAUCAGAACUAAGCGACAAAAUUCGCAGUCAUGUCGUAGUGCAAUCGCAGACAGGAGUUCGCGCCGUUCAGACCCUGGCAGCUCUGCGUUCGGAUGGGUCUGGGACUAAUCUCCUUGCUAGAGAUAUCUACAACGCUCGGCAUUCAGCCACCAUUUCGUCUCUUUGUUGUCUCUAA